AUGCUACUGGGAGGCGGGGGCGGGAGGCACCAGCAGAAACUGUUUUCCGAGAAUCACUUCCUUCCACGGUAUGUCGAGAGGGACGGGAGGACAGCCCCGAGGCAGGUGUCGGAUCUUCAGGAAAGAGAGGUCGUCCCCUCCGCUGCAUGGGACCCCACACGGCCCUCUGCAGAGCCGCUGCGUGGCCGCGUCCUGCCACAGCACAGGUGCACGCCUCUGACCGAGAACCAGAACAAUCUUGACGGGGCGGCCUCGGGCAGCGUCCCCGCGGGUCCGCAGCGCUGUACAGGCCGCCUUCCCGGGACAAGGAUUCUUCGCUGGCACCGACCUCCUCACUCUCGCGGCCCCUUCUCGGGCACCAGGUGUGCCCAGGGCUGGAGAGAUGAUAAGGCGCCGUCUCGGCGGCACCGAGGGGCUCGAGCGGUCUCCCUCGGCGCCCGAGGCAAGGACAAGCGGGCGGUGGACGCGGGCGGCUCCGCUCCCCCAAGCACUCUGCACUCUGCACGCGGCCGGCCCCCCAACGGCCUUCAGCGGCCACCAGCCACGCCGCCGCUCGCGCCGGCCACAGCACACGGACGCGUCCACAAACCGGCAGUCGGACGGCGGCCUUCGUCACAGCCCAACCCGGAGCCCGCCCGGGCGCCCGCCGGCCGGGGACAGCCGGUCCACGCGCACCCCGGACCGCUCGCCCCGAAGGAGCCGCCGCGCGGGUCUGGACUUGGCGCGGGAAGCGGCCGCGCGCUGCGGGACCGGAGAGCAGAGCCGCGUCUCUCGCGGCGCCCGCACAUGCGUUCGCAGGCCGGGGGGGAGCGGGCGCCGUCCCCGCGGCGUCAGCGAGUGUCCGCCGGGCAGGGGUACGGCUGCACCGAGGAAGCUGCGCCCCCGCUUCCGCGGCCCGGGCUCGUCCCGCCGCACGGCCGGCUCCGCACAACCCUGCGGCCCCGAGGAGACCUCCCCGCCCGCCGGGAGGGACGCGCCGCCGCCGCACCGGGAAACGGGAAGCGAGCCCGCCCCCGUCUGAGGAGCGUCAGCCCUGAGGCCGCGCCGUCCGGGCUCCCCGUGAGCACCGACCCCGGCCCGUUCUCCCGCGUCCCUCCCCGCUGUGCCACCCGUCCCAGGCGCCGCGCGACCCCGGCCCCAGAGCGCGGCAGGGCCUGGCCGUCCUUGCAGGCUGGGCCGGGGCCCCCGCGGCCGCCGCGGUCCGAGCUGCACGGAAGAUCCUCGGGCUGCUGA